UGAUGCCAUCAGGUUUUGAUGGAAGCCGACCGUCCCUCAUCACCGCAUGCCCAUGAUAGAAGCCGCCCUCACACCGCCAGGGCGCAUACGGGCCUUCCCAUCUUCGCAACCGAUGCGCUACCGGCACGGGACCGGAGCCGGGAGAGAAGAAGGCAGACGAUUGACGAUAUCAGGGCGGCGGAGACCUUCAGACCGCACAUUUCUGAUACAUCCAGGUGAGGGGAUGAUGGAUUUAUGAAUGAAUGCAGCAUGGAAUGUAAUCGUCAUGCGUUUGACGAUAUGGCGUGCAGGUUGAUGGCUGAGGCGCGGCACUCUGUAGCCGAUGGAUCUCGUUCGGUCCACGAAAGGCUGUUCGCAGAGGCUCUGAAGAAGGAUAAGCCAAGUGAGGAAGAGCCAAACACUCGCAUAGCCAACAGCGCGCACGUGGUGGGCGCUCUCCUCCCCCCUCUCUGCAGGUGAGUGGGCGGCUGUCAGUGCGUCUGUGGAGUUGCCAAGUGGCCUGAGGCCAUCGUCAUCUAGGGCCAUCUCUGUUGGGGAGCUGCUGCACAGGUGCGUACCAUCUAUCCAUCCACACCGGCACGAUGCAGUCCGACCCACAACGGCCUUCCUUGCUGUGUCGUUCCAGGGAGGCCGAGGAGCGGCGGCAGAAGCAGGAUGAGCGCAUGCGGCAGGUAGGUAUGCACGGGCAAGAUGCAUCCUUCGUGUCUGUGUGGAGGGGUGUGUGUGUGUCCUUACUGCAGGAGGUGGAGGUGCUGCGAAAUACCCGUGAGGUGUCCAAGGUGACGCCCCAGUCACGGGCCCUACUCAAAGGCAAAAUGAUGCAGGACCUCAGGUCACACACAGACAGUCAGACAAGGAAGGUCGACGCACCGGAUCUGACCUCAUGUGCUGUCCCACGCCACAGGCGUGCGCUUGCUGAGUGUCUGCCAUCGAGUCCACAUGCAGAGGACCUGCCCAACGAAUGCUUUCAGGAGUGCUUCCAGGUGACCAAAGGAACAGAUGCACACGGACACACGCGUCCAAUGAUGCGAUGCUCCCUCUUGCCCCCUCUGUGCAGCGGCUGGGUUUCUUCCUUGGCCCGAGGGCUAUCGCUGCGAGAGAUGUAUGUCAGUCAGUGCAGACGCCAGACCAUCUGGAACUCUUGUUGGUUUGCUGUUGCAGAUGCAGCACCGCAAUGUGCCUCCAGAGGAGCGGCAGCAACGCGAGGUACACACACACACACACACAUGCAGCUUGGAUGCACCGUGUCAGUCAGUCGUGUACAUACGGUUUCCUCUGCAGGUGCUGCGGCUGGCCCGCACCAAGAUGGAACAGGUGAGAAGGAGAUCAUGCACAAAACACCUGACAGACAGACACCCACACGCACUGGUUGGGCUUUCUCCUUGUUGUGUCUUUCAGGCCAUCGCUCAGGAGACCGUGGCCCUCUUGGACGGACCUGCUCGUGGAUCCCUUCACUUCAACCAGGUUAGCAAAGAGAGAGGGAGGAAAAGAGGGAAACGGGGGGGUCCACAAUGCCUACCGUUCUCAACUUAUCCAUCCAUCCAUCCGUCCAUCUCUAUGCUUGCAUUGCAGCUGUUGCGUUUCCUCGAGCUGAUCACUCUCGUCCUCAUGCGCGAGGAUUCCUCUGCGUUCGCCCUCGCCCACGCCCUCAUGAAUCCCCCCGAGGAGCCAUCCGCCUCCCCCGCCCACCCCGACGACCAGUCGUCGCCCGAGGACCCCGAAACGCGAACCAACUCCCUGCUGCGGAUCGCUCGUGCGUUUGCCAAGAUGUACCCCAACAGACUGGCGUAUGGGCAGUCACCGGCGGAAGGAGUGGGCAGGGCGGCAGGGGGAGGCGAUUCGAGGCCUUUCACGCCCAGGCUCAACGCCAGCUCCAUGGCAGGGAGAGAUGGGCAGGCCCGACAGCCGUCAUAUGUCUGUGUGUGUGUGUGUUUGUGUGUGCAGGUACUGUCUGAGCAGGCGAGGAACCGUUUUCUGGAAGAGCGGCGCGUGCAGCAGGUAGAGCGAGCAGACAGCAUUCGUAUCGUUUUCCUUCCCCACGUGUUCUUCCUCCCCGUUCUCAAUCGACCAGGGUGACGAUGCCAUCCCACUGCGGUCGUCAGCCGAUGUACUGCUCGCAAGAGGUCAGCCCAUCGGAGUGCCAAAGAUACGCAAAACGUUAUUAUGUGUGAUGUCGUAUGUCUUUCAGCUCAGUUGGUGAAUGCACGGCAGGAGGAGCUCAGACGCCGACGCGCAGAGGAGGAACUCAAGGUCAGACCAACGAACGCCAUAUGACCUGUCCAGCAACCAACAAGGACGCUUCUCUCCCUUUUAUCUCAGGAGUGCACCUUCCGCCCAUCUCUCGUCACGCGUCCACGGUCGACCACACCCACAGCCACGCGGCCACACUCGGCCACCGCCCCCCCAAACCCAAAGCAGCAGCAGCAGCCCAAGCCACGCGAGGACAGACCAGGAGAGAAGAGGGCCAAGUCGCGUGUGCGUGGCAAACCCACCACCCGCCCCAUGUCCCCUGCCGCACCCACACGGCCGCAGGUCGUCACUGCCGACUUUAGGGGCGGUUACACGGGAGGCAGUGGGGCGAUGGGGGGUGGGCGGACGCACCGAGAGGAGCUGCUGCGCAACUAUGAGAGCCGUGACAAGAUGGCUCGUCACGACCGUUUGUAUUACGAGGGUUUGUUGGCUCAGCAGGAGGUGGAGAGGGUGCAUAGGGAAGCCGUGGCGAUGCGGGAGGAGAGGGAAGUUAGACAGUGCACCUUCGCGCCCAGGGUCAACGCCACCUCACACGCCAUCGCCAUGAGGAACAAGUAUGGAUGCCUGUGGGCUGCACGCAUCUAUGAAUGUGCUGGAUGGGAGCGGGUGGUCGUUGGUAAACUUGUGUGGUGUGCAGGGUGAUGCGUCCCAAGUCGACUCCCCGUUCAUUCUCUGAGACCAUCCAGCGCAUGCGAGAGGCCAACCAGCUGAGGGAAAACGAACGCCUCAGCCUCAUCAGGUCAGGGCAGAGCCGGGUGUGCAAAUGACGGGCCCUCAUUCAGUUGUCCGUGUGUGCCAUCAGGGUGCCCCGUGGUGAGAACUACGAGCGCCUGCGUGCGUCAGGGUUCGCGCCCUUUUCAUUCGAUGACGGCACUGCCCGCAACUACCGUCAGAAGCGUCGGCUGCUGCUGCAUGUGGAUGUGCAGCUCGGGCACGGCAAGCAGGGACGCAUCGGCAUACACGAGGGAGACGACCCCAAGACACUCGUAAGCCAGCCAUCCACCGACAUGAAAUGAAGCACGGUUCGCUCCGAUGUUGAUUGCAUUGCAUCAGGCCCGCAACUUCUCGCGUGCCUAUCACCUGGACCCCGACACACGCACCCGGCUGCACCAGCUGCUCUGCUUCCACAUGGGCCAGCUAGGCCCUCCCCCUGCGGCCCCAACACACCCCAUCCAGACCGCCGACACACGCCCAUCCAAGCGCUCUGGUGGUGGCCACACAACGCAAUCUGCUGCCCAGGCUGAGCACGAGGAGACAGAGGUGCGGCGGUCGAGUGCCGACGAUGUGAAGGCAGGCCAGGUGCAGACUGACGGUCGGCGGCCGCAUUCGGAUGCGGAUGUGAGGCGGGACAGUGGUGGUGGUGAGGGCGGUGAUGGGGAAGGGGAGAGGAGGGAGUGGCGGCGGUAGCGACUGCGGGAGGGAGGGAGGAAGGGAGGGAGGGACACAUGCAUCAGGGUGGACCUGUGUGGACUGACUGACUGACUGACUGACUGCACGUGUGAUUUGUCGAAACCCUCUUGGUGGAAUGAAUGAAUGAGUGAUGGUCGAAGCAUA